AUGGGAUGUCUAAUCAACAUGCGUCAUCUUGAUAUAAGCGGAACAAACUUGAUAAAAAUGCCACUGCAAAUGGGAAGAUUGAAAAGUCUCCAAACUUUGUCUGCUUUUAUUCUGGGCAAAAAUGGCGGCUCAGGAAUCAAUGAGCUGAGGGAUCUUCGGCAACUUAAGGGAAGCCUUUCUAUUUUGAAGUUGGAAAACGUUGUCAAUGCUAGAGACGCUUUGGAGGCCAAUUUGAGGGAUAAGUUACAACUUGAAGAAUUAGUGUUGAAAUGGGGUGGACAUACGAAUGACUCCAAAAAAGAUAGAGAAGUACUAGACCAACUGCAACCUCAUGCAUAUCUAAAAAGGCUUACAAUUGAAAAUUAUGGUGGCACAACAUUUUCAGAUUGGUUAGGACAUGCUUCCUACAAAAUUGAAUAUGUAAACCUACAUAAUUGUAAAUAUUGCAUCUUCUUGCCACCAUUUGGGAAACUGCCCAAUCUCAAGUACCUCUCUAUUGUGGGAUUAAAUGUAGAGACUAUUGGUACAGAUUUUUAUGGGACUGCUGCUUUUGGGAUAAAGCCUUUUGGAUCGCUAGAAACUUUGAUCUUCAAGAACAUGUUGCAAUUGGAGGAAUGGCUUCCUUUCACAGAUGUGAACGGAGGUGCGGUAGCUUUCCCUUGUCUCCAACAGCUUUUUAUACAAAACUGUCCUAAACUGACCAAGGGUCUUCCCGAUGGCCUUUUUUCUUUAAAAGUACUGGUGAUUGAUAAGUGUCAGCUGCUUGUGGCUUCAGUUCCAAGUGCUCCAGCCAUACGUGAAUUGAAGUUGCAAUAUUGUCAUAAGGUGUUGUUGAAUGAAUUACCAUCUCUAGCAUUGAAGCUUAGAAUUAGUGGUUAUGAUGCCUUGGAGUCCUUCCAUAUGGACAACAACCAUUGUCUUCAAGAGUUGGAUAUCUCUGAUUGCCCAUCUCUCAUGUUGCUUCCUAGUUGUGGUACAUCUGAUACACUAAAAUCACUGAGUGUUAAGAACUGUGAGAAAUUACUGUUUCCAAUGCACCAAUGCUAUGCAUCGCUUGAGAGUUUGCACAUAAGAUUCCCUUCAGUUCCAAAUCAUGGACCACUUCAGCAUCUUGCAUCUGUCAGACGCUUGGAAAUUAGUAACUGUCCUAAUUUUGUAUCCUUUCCCGAAGAGGGACUGCCUGCCCCCAGCUUGACCUGGUUUCGUGUUGAUAGCUGUAACAAUUUGAAGGCGCUACCUGAACAGAUGCACACCCUGCUCCCAUCUCUUGUUACUUUAAGCUUACAGAAUUGUCCAGAACUUGAGUCGUUUCCAGAAGGGGGUUUGCCAUCCAGUUUAAAAUCACUUGAAAUCUGUUAUUGUGACAAACUCAUUCCCAGCCGCAUGGGGUGGGGUUUACAGGGACUACCCUCUCUUGGAAGCUUCUCUAUCAAGGGUAAAUGUGAAAAUCUGGAGUCCUUUCCGGAUAGGGGGCUGCUGCCAUCUUCUCUUAUAUCCCUUGAUAUCUGGGAUCUUCAGCAUUUGAAAUCUCUGAAUGGUGAUGAGCUUCAGCAUCUUACUGAACUUAAAUAUUUGCGUAUUGGCUACUGCCCAGUUUUCCAGUCCAUGCCAGAAGGGGGUUUGCCAACUUCUUUAACUUCUCUGAAAGUCAAGAAAUGUCCGAUGCUGAAAGAACGGUGCCAAAGUGAGAAUGGAGAAGACUGGCAAAAGAUAAAGCAUAUACCAGUCAUAGAACUUGACAAUGAAGUGAUCUCACGAAGUUAA